CAAUUUUCCAUUAUCAUUGUUUACUAACGCGAAUUCAGCCACGGACUGUCGUUAUUGUUAUGGUACUCAACAUAUUUUGAAAAGCAAAUUUUAUGAUUUGUUUUUUUAAAUUGAUUUUUUUGUUAAAAUGUACGAUAAAUUCCUCUGGAUUUUUUUGGCGUUCACCGGGUAUGUACGUUCGGAAUCGUACAGCGAAGAAUUGUUCAUCAAGCCCUUGGCCACGGGCUACGUGUAUUCGUUCUUCCAGUUCACCAUUGUCCGCGAAGACAAUGCGUUUAGACAUUCCAGCUUAUUUCCGCACUCAUUGGGUGAUAUAAUAAACAGGUUUCACGUCGACGAACUCAAUGUCGACCUUACGUCUGGUUUGUGGAGACAUAAGUCUUGGGGUUAUCCAGCAGUCGACGCCCCGUCCGGAGCUGAAAUAUCCGCUCGUUUCCAUAACGAUACAAUAGAUGUGAACAAGAACUGGUACGGCUUGACUAAUGCACUAUCCGGUUUGCUUUGCACAUCGUUGAAUUUCAUAAACAGUGCAAAUAGCUAUGAAUCAUCUGCUGACAGAGUAUAUCGAUAUUCAAAUUUACCGAGAGAAAAUGUUUGCACUGAAAAUUUAACCCCGUGGAAGAAACUUCUGCCUUGUGAUUCUACUCGAGGCUUAUCGAGCUUAUUAAAUUCUGGUCAUGUGCACAAUGCCAAUUACCAUUCUUUGGGAAUUCAUUUUAGGCCAUUAUGCAAUGCAGGAAAAUGUAAAUAUGAAUUGCGCCAAACUGUUUCAUUGGUAUAUGAUUCAACAUUUAUAAGUUUAAAUAAUAAUUACGAUUGGUCUCUUCGCAAGAUGUUUGGUACUGGAUUGUUCAAAACAUGCCCUCUUGCGGAUUUCAGUAAAUUAUAUAUAGAUACAUCUUCAAAUAGCAGUGUUCCUUAUUUGUUGUCACAGGAACCAGAUUAUUUUUUAAAAGAUAAUAUUGCUGUUUAUAAUUUAAUCAGCAUUUUUCAUUUAUCAGCUGUAGUGCCAAGACCAAAAAUAGCAGUUUCUGAAUUACGGCCAUUGUUGUAUACUGACAGAUUUAUUACAGGAUUUGGACAGGAAUAUGGAGGGUUAGUGACUCGUAUAUACAAUGAACAUAGAUUACCUGUAACUGCAAAAGUUAUUGAAAAUAUCCCAUGGUUUUUACCAAUUUAUUAUCAUACUCUAAUAGUGUCCAGCAAUGGUGUUCGUGUAAAUCCUAAAGCUUUAAUAUAUAAACCUGGUAAAGGAAGAAUACGAAUUUACUAUUUAGAAAUAGUAUUAGAGCUUGCACCACGUUCAGUUACUGAAAUAUCUGUACAGUUUGACUAUGUGUUUUUGAAAUGGCAAGAAUAUCCACCUGAUGCAAAUCAUGGUUUUUACAUUGGUUCUGCUAUAGUUGAAGUCACAAUUCCAAGACAUGCUACUUCUUUAACCUUUGACAAAUCAUUUAUAGCUGAUAAUCUAAAUUCAUCAGAAGCUGAUUAUUUAAUUUGUUUAAAAACUGAGAAUUUCAUUAUUACAUUACCAACACCUGAUUUCAGUAUGCCUUAUAAUGUUAUAUGCUUAGCCUGUACUGUAGUAGCAUUAGCUUUUGGCCCUAUUCAUAAUAUUACAACUAAAAGACUAAAGUUAACUACAGCAAAGUAUGUUCCUGGAUUGGCAUCUAUUCUUCAAAAAUUAUAUAUGUGGGUAGAAAAUAUUGCGCUGAGUAAAAAGAUAAAUAAAGUGGGAAAUUCAGCAGCAGUUAAAGUUUAUGCUCCUGAAGAAUUGAGUUAUCACCCCACAUUGGGCCAUGUGUCUGAAGAGUUCAUGAACAACCAAGUGUAUAUAAGUUACACUAAGAAAUGGCCACUCUUGAAACAUUGAUGUUGAACAAAAUUAUUAUGCAAAUGAAAAGGUUUAAUAUUAAUGAAAUCCAACAUUUAUUAAGAAUCUUACCCUUGAACCUGG